GCUGAAUAUAAAUAUGGUAAUAUUGUACACUUGAGAGAAUAUACUGGUUUCCCCAAAAAGGAAUUUCUGCUGUAAGGUUUUACAGCUGUGAAUUGCUUCUGCCUCUUGAUGGCUGACACUGACUUUCUGUUUAGGAAAACAUAGGAAGACUGGAAGAGAUGUGGCUAUCAAAGUCAUUGACAAGAUGAGAUUUCCAACUAAACAGGAAAGUCAGCUUCGUAAUGAAGUAGCCAUACUCCAGAAUUUGCACCACCCUGGGAUUGUGAACCUGGAAUGUAUGUUUGAAACCCCGGAACGUGUCUUUGUUGUGAUGGAAAAGCUGCAUGGGGAUAUGCUAGAGAUGAUUCUCUCCAGUGAGAAAAGUCGACUUCCAGAACGAAUAACUAAGUUCAUGGUCACUCAGAUACUUGUUGCUUUAAGGAAUUUACACUUCAAGAAUAUUGUGCACUGUGAUUUAAAACCAGAAAAUGUACUACUAGCAUCAGCAGAACCAUUCCCUCAAGUGAAGCUGUGUGAUUUUGGCUUUGCACGCAUCAUUGGUGAGAAGUCUUUCCGGCGCUCUGUGGUGGGCACUCCUGCGUACCUUGCCCCUGAAGUGCUCAGGAGCAAAGGCUACAACCGCUCCCUAGACAUGUGGUCAGUAGGAGUUAUUGUCUAUGUGAGCCUCAGUGGUACAUUCCCAUUUAAUGAAGAUGAGGAUAUCAAUGAUCAGAUUCAAAAUGCAGCAUUUAUGUACCCACCAAAUCCUUGGAAGGAAAUUUCUAGUGAAGCCAUUGAUUUAAUAAACAAUUUGCUUCAAGUGAAGAUGAGAAAACGUUUCAGUGUCGACAAGUCUCUUAGUCACCCAUGGUUACAGGAUUAUCAGACUUGGCUUGACCUCAGAGAAUUUGAAACACGCAUUGGAGAGCGUUACAUUACCCAUGAGAGCGACGAUGCACGCUGGAAAGAACACGCUUACGAACACAACCUCGAGUACCCCCAGCACUUCAUUAUGGCUCCUAAUCCAGAUGACAUGGAAGAAGACCCUUGAACUGUUCAUUAUGCUAAAUUGCAGUAAAGAAGGAUAUGCCAGGCAGAAACUGAAGCUAAGUUUUGGAACAGCUAUUGCUCUUUCCAAAUGCUGCACACACAGUUUGCUGUGUAAAGCCCCAGAGGAUCCUGCAUUGCCAUGGGAAUACUGUCAUCUGCUUUUCUCCAUCCCUGACUUGAACUCUGAGUGGUUACUGGACAGUGGGAUAAAAAACCCUGUUGGGUAACAUUUCAUUGAGCUGGGUGGCUACAAAGCCAUUACUGAGGAGCAGUGUGUACAGACUGAAUGGUUGGUGUUCUUCAAGGGCUUUUGUUUUUUUCAUAGCCUAUGCAGUAAGAGUUUUGUACUAGUUUUCUAAUCCCUAUUUACUAGGCCAUAGAGGACUGUUUUCUGUUGCUUAGAUACAUCUCCUGUUUCUCAAACUGUGGAUGGUGAAGAGACUCCAUAAAGAAAACAGUACAGAAUAUCUUGGCUAAAGCAAAACUGGGUGGUUUAGUUGAAUACAGCUUCAUAGAUGAAGGAAUGAUUUGCUGCUGUUUAGACAGUUAAAUAUGUGUGUCUUGGCCCUAACUGAACUUUUUACAGAUAGCAACAAAAAACACAAAAAAAAGCCAAAAAAACCCCUGUAACUUCUUACAUUCCUCUUGAAAUGCUAGCUGACAGUCUGAGAUGACAAUCAAAGCUGUGCUAGGCUUUUAUUUUGUCUGUUAAAAAAAGCAGUAAGCCACAAUAGUGUGCUGCUGGGCAAGGCUGGCACGUCAUUGAUACACACCUAAGGCAUUUUGCCUUAAAACUACACAAGUAAUGCAGAGAGAGCACACAAGACUUGAUGUAGCAUAUUCUUUCACUCUGGAAGAUCAGCUUCUAGCAGAAGGAUGUGGAAAAAUAGGGAAAAAUAUAUGCAGCUUUCUUCUGUCGUUUGAGUAAUAAGAUUUUAAAAUUUUUCUAAUUUUUUAAGGUUCCCUGGACUUACAUCAGGAGUAGUUUGUAGCCUGCUAGCUUGUUAACUCUGCUCAAAACCUGGAAGUAACAGUGGAUACCACAUCACCUGUUGCUUCUGCCAGGGCAGCUGGAUUGUAGGAGAAAGGACUUUGCCUUCCCACCUUAACCUGCAACCCCUCCCAUCCUCUUUACUGUGCUCAGAACUGUUUGAGCUGAAUGAACAGUCCAAAAGCACCUUCUCAGUUUUUUCUGUGCACAUGCCUCAAUUGAAGGAUUCCCACACACUGACCGGACUUGUGGCACAAUAGAGGGGUAAUAGAGCAGUGUUCUUUGGAAAUUAUUCCCUUGGAAAGUUCAAGUUAAUGGUAUUUCAAAGAAGUUUGAGGCAAAUUUAAAUUGUUUAAAUGCAAAUGGAAGAGAGUUUUUUGUUUUAAAAACCAAAAAGGGUGAAAUCCUUUUUUUGUGGGAUAACAGUGUUGAGGUGCUGGAUGGCUGUAUUGCAUCCCUGAUGUGCCAAGCUGCUUAACUAGAGCUUAGUUGGAAGUUUUUCCAAAAUACUGAUACAGGCUUGAGAACUGCAAAGGCAGUGAGAGGCUUUUGGGUAUCUCCUCUCUCCUACAAAGAUUUUUCUUUUUUUAUUUGUGUAUAGAUUUUUUUUUUUUUCUACUGUUAUUCAGGUAAGGAAACAGGUGAGGAGAUUUUUAAGUUGUUAGAUAUACCUAAAAUGUUACAUGGUUAGUUCAGAGCUGGCAGCUACUUGCAGUAGCAGUGGUCAGUGGCAGCUGCAGAAGGAUGUGCCCACAGGUAGGUUCGGGUCUCUAACUCACUCUUCCUUUUUCCAUUGCCCUUUAUCUAUCUGCCACUGCAUUUUGUAGGUGUCUGUGUUGGCAAAGGCUGAGAUCUGGAUUCUUAACCGUUUAGGGAGGGUUUCAGGACUGAUUGUUCAAAGAGGCACUGCUUUUCACAUCUGUAACCAGAGCAAUCACCUCUGACAUUGGUAGUUUGGUAUUUGCCUGCUCUUGGCAAGGAAAGCAGUGCUAUUUUUCAACUUCCAGUGCUCAAGUGACCAAAUUUCAGUGAAGUCAUUGCUAUAUUCCAUCCUAACUGUAAUAAAUUAGAUACAGUUUGGUUUUAAACUUCAGGUUUUUUUUUUACUUGAGCUGUUACUGUGUUAUUUUAAGGGAGGAAAUAAAGCAGCUCAGUCACUUGAAAAAGCACAACAGGAAUAGAGGAAGGAGGGGAAAAUACCGAAGUAGAAGGACUGACUUUUGUCUCUCCCCAUGAAGUCUGCUCUGCUUCAAAAUAUUAUAUGAGCUAUUUAUUCUUCAAGUUGUAUUAAAAAUAAUGCUGUUGGCCUUUGGAGGAGAUUGCCUGAUCACAUGCAGACUUAUGGGGCCAGACAAUAGAAGCCACAAGCAGCUAGUAGUCAAGAAACCAAAAAAAUCAGACUUAUAUUAUGAGUAAAAUUCCUAGAGUAGUAAAAAUAGCUGAGUUUUUUACUCCCUUUUUUCUGCCUUUACUGCAGACUUUGACAGCAGUAGGUUACAGUGUUUAAUACCCUUACCCCUAGAAGAAUUAAGUUGCAUUCAUUCAAGCAAUAGUGCUAUGGUGAUGCUAGAAAAAAGCUCAUGUAAAAUUUAUAGCCUCAAAAUGACACUGUCAAGUACUUUUAUAUUUUUAUACACCCCAUUGUUUGUAAAUAUCCUCUGUUAAGCUUGAAAAUAAAAUUUAUUUCCCUAUCAGA